AUGUCCGGCAUUGACUGCGACGUUCUGAACGAUAUUCGUAAAUCCCGACGUGCUACAAAGCUCGAGCAGGAGGCCGAAAAGGCUAACAAAAUGGACAACAAGCCCGACAAGCCCGACAAGCUGUCUGCAAUGCAGAGUAUUGUCAACCGAAUAACAGGGAAAGAGCCCCAGCGCAACAGUGAGAUCAAACUGGCCGACAUUGCUUUCCACCAUGCCGGCUACGACCCAAAGUCGUUCAACACGGUCAUAUUCCGUCUCAAAGGAUCGAAACACUACGAUGGUGGUGUAAUGGCCAGUUUGGCGCAUCUGUUUUUCUACUUGCUCACCGACGACGACACAUCUAAACUGCUUUUCAUUUCGCGCACACGGGGAGGACAUCCACUGGACUUGAGGGCGACCACGAUCUUGUGGGACAGCGACUUAUACCUCCAUUGCCCGAAUCCCGACGAUCCAACCGACAAGUUUUGGCAGUACCCGCUUCUCCCCAGCUUCGCGAUGUGGCAGGUUCCUCGGGGCCGGCCGACACAUUGGAAUGAUGCAAGAAAGAGUAUGGCAAAGACGCAAAGUAACCUCAAGUUUUCUGGCCUCAAGACGAAUGCCGAUCUUGACUUGAUCACUUUCUGCAAUGAUGCAGUUAGUAAUCGCGAUUGGAAAUGCAUUCUUUCCGGCGCAUAUGAAUCAAAAUGCGAGCGCGCAUACAUAGUGCCUCUACGACUACGCAAUCUGUGGAUAGCAGAGAGAAUGAGCAAGUUGUUCGGCGACUGGUCCUUCACGAGCGGCGCCAACACACUCCUCAAGGCCGCCAUCCAAUCUACUGCCAAGAGACAACGGCUAAAUGUCCCCUACGAUGAGGCCACAGAUAUGCACCAUCCCAUGAACGGAAUCUACCUGAGGAGUGAUCUCGCCAAGGCGUAUGACAAUGGAGAUUUCAUACUGAUCCCUGGUAAGGAGUGCUGGAUCGCACACUUUUUCGAUCCGACCCACGACCUGGCAAAACGGUUUGACCACGAGACAGCUACAAUUAGCCACGAAAUCUCACGGAGUCUGCUGUUGGUAAGACCUGCGAUGGUCGCGUUCAGACAUGCGUACGAGUUUCUAAACCAGGUUCAACCCAAGUCGGCAAUGAAGGAGAGCAAGGCCGCUGUACCCGCGCAGCCGCCUGUAGAAAAUGCGGCGGAAAGUCCUGGUCUAUUGUUGUAA